UCAGAAGUGCCCAUAAUGGGAAAUAAGGGGAGCCUGCUUGUCAAACCAGUCAUCCGCAAAGUCUGCGCUCUGUGUGCUUCCUGAGUUAAAGUCACGCCUACGGACUGGCCGCCUCCUUUCUUUUUCGCUCUUUACCGCUUUCUCAUUCCGACUGCCACUCCUUGCUCUUUCCUCUCCGCGUCCCCCCACCCUGUCUGUCGUGGUUCGUGCCAGUCCUAGUUGAGUCUUAAGUCCCGGGAAAGAGACCCUGCGCGGACUGGGGAGCCGUUGAAUUUUGCCGUCGAACUCCCAAUUUCCUCUUUCGCAAUGCCUCUUCGUGCCUCCCUCGGCUCCGUUUUUAUCUUCCCUUUACCCUCGCCUUGAAUUUCAGAAUGACUUUUACAGAUCCAGUAUCCGAUACGUACUAUCAGCCCCGUGCCCUGGAGAAACAUGCUGACAGCAUCCUGGCACUGGCUUCAGUAUUCUGGUCCAUCUCUUAUUACUCCUCUCCCUUCGCCUUCUUCUACUUGUACAGGAAAGGUUACUUGAGUUUGUCCAAAGUGGUGCCGUUUUCUCACUAUGCUGGGACAUUGCUGCUACUUCUGGCAGGCGUGGCCUGCCUCCGAGGCAUUGGCCGCUGGACCAACCCCCAGUACCGGCAGUUCAUCACCAUCUUGGAAGCAACGCAUCGGAACCAGUCUUCAGAAAACAAGAGGCAGCUUGCUAACUACAACUUUGACUUCCGGAGCUGGCCAGUCGACUUCCACUGGGAAGAACCCAGCAGCCGGAAGGAGUCUCGAGGGGGCCCUUCCCGCCGGGGUGUGGCCCUGCUUCGCCCAGAGCCCCUGCACCGGGGAACAGCAGACACCCUCCUCAACCGGGUUAAGAAGCUGCCUUGUCAGAUCACCAGCUACCUGGUGGCGCACACCCUGGGGCGCCGGAUGCUGUAUCCAGGCUCUGUGUACCUGCUCCAGAAGGCCCUCAUGCCUGUGCUGCUGCAGGGCCAGGCCCGACUGGUGGAAGAGUGUAAUGGGCGCCGGGCAAAGCUGCUGGCCUGUGAUGGCAAUGAGAUUGACACCAUGUUUAUGGACCGGCGGGGGACAGCUCAGCCCCAGGGACAGAAGCUGGUGAUCUGCUGUGAGGGGAAUGCUGGGUUUUACGAGGUGGGCUGCAUCUCCACACCCCUGGAAGCUGGAUAUUCAGUCCUGGGCUGGAAUCAUCCAGGCUUUGCUGGAAGCACGGGAGUGCCGUUCCCGCAGAAUGAGGCCAAUGCCAUGGAUGUGGUGGUCCAGUUUGCCAUCCACCGCCUGGGCUUCCAGCCCCAGGACAUCAUCAUCUACGCCUGGUCCAUUGGUGGCUUCACUGCCACGUGGGCCGCCAUGUCCUACCCAGAUGUUAGUGCCGUGAUCCUGGAUGCCUCCUUUGAUGACCUGGUGCCCUUGGCCUUGAAGGUCAUGCCAGACAGCUGGAGGGGCCUGGUGACCAGGACCGUGAGGCAGCAUCUCAAUCUAAACAAUGCGGAGCAGCUGUGCAGAUACCUGGGUCCUGUACUGCUGAUCCGGAGAACCAAGGAUGAGAUCAUCACUACCACGGUUCCUGAGGACAUCAUGUCCAACCGAGGCAAUGACCUCCUGCUGAAGCUCCUGCAGCAUCGGUAUCCCCGGGUGAUGGCAGAGGAGGGUCUUCAAGUGGUGAGGCAGUGGUUGGAGGCCUCCUCACAGCUGGAGGAAGCCUCAAUUUACAGCCGAUGGGAGGUGGAAGAGGACUGGUGUCUGUCUGUCCUCCGCUCCUACCAGGCAGAACACGGGCCUGACUUCCCCUGGAGCGUGGGGGAGGACAUGAGUGCAGAUGGACGGCGGCAGCUGGCUUUGUUUCUGGCUCGGAAGCAUCUGCACAACUUUGAGGCCACUCACUGCACCCCACUCCCAGCCCAGAACUUCCAGAUGCCCUGGCACCUCUAGGGACCACACUGGGACUCAUUAUGGAAGAAUGGGGUGAGAGGAGACAUGAGGAAAGACUCCCUUAUUUGUGAUUCUCUGUGUUCAUGUUGCUGUUUAUAGUUUGUGGAAAGUGGGGGACCAUCCCCCUUGUCACCACUGUUCCUCUUGCUCGUUUCCCCUCAUUCAUGUGGCUAUACUUAACCUUCUCCAACAUACAUCUUGCAUUACAUGAAUGAAUUAUUCCUAAUAAUAAAAAGGUAUUUUUUCUACUA